AACAGCAGAGAGAGAGAGAGAGAAAAAGAGAAGAAAAAGAGGAACCUUUGCCCUCCUUCGCUCCCCGGAAACUCUGGAGGGAGGUGGUGGAGGUGGCCAGAGUUGGCAGCGCUAACUCAAUUUUGUGUUGGUUUUUGACAUGGCUCACCUAUACCCUUCAGAUUAUGAUGGCCUCCCUCAACCCACCACCUCCACCGUGGUGGCCAUUGAUAAAGACAAGAACAGCCCCUACGCCGUUCGCUGGGCAAUCGAACAUCUAUUGACUGCCAAUUCAAACCUCAUCCUCAUUCACGUCACAAGCAGAAGUCCAGAUACUGGCGUGAAUGAUUCUGCCCCUGAUGCAAAUGGCGGGAUAGCAGACUCUGAUCUGCAGCAGAUUUUCAAUCCUUUUCGUGUGUACUGUGCACGAAAAAGGGUUACCCCAAAGGAGGUUGUCAUUGAGGAUUCUGAUGUUUCUAAAGCACUUUUGAGCUAUAUCAACAACAAUUUCAUUGCUAAUGUUGUUCUUGGUGCUUCAACAAGGAAUGCUCUUGCAAGGAAGUUUAAAAACUAUGAUGUGCCGACUCUCUUAAACAAACAUUCCCCAGAUUUUUGUUCCGUGCAUGUAAUUGCGAAAGGAAAGGCAGUGUCCAUCCGACCAGCAUCACGGCCUGCAGCUAAUAGUGCAACGCCGCCAAGACUACCAUCUCCAAGAGGGUUUCCACUUCAGUUGCCACUGCCACAUGAGCUCUCUGAGCUAGAGGAUCGAGGCAGGGCACAAUCGUUGAGGGGACUUGAGAGAUUGAUGAGGACCAAGAACAAUUCAGCCAAUUUGUCGCUGGACAUCGACAUUUUAACUAGAGGGCCAAAGAAUUCAAUUAACCGUAAUAUGAUUGGAGAUGAUGGUGAUUUUCAGGCACCAGGCAAUAAUGGAUCACUUGAUAUGACUGCCCAAAAUUUAGAUUUCAACAAUAUGGCAGAGGUUCGCCAGGAUAAUGGCCCUCAAUCAUAUUCAAAAGAUAUGGAAGCCGAGAUGAAUAGGCUGAAACUUGAGCUAAAGCAAACCAUGGACAUGUAUAACACAGCUUGCAAAGAAGCAGUCUCAGCCAAAAAGAAGGCUAAAGAGCUUCAUAUGUGGAAGCAAGAAGAAGCUCGAAAGUUCGAGCGAGCCCGGUUUGCAGAAGAGGCAGCUCUUGCCAUUGCUGAGAAAGAAAAGGCUAAAUCCAGAGCUGCACUUGAAGCAGCCGAAAAGGCACAAAAACUAGCUGAAAUGGAAGCACAGAGAAGAAAAUAUGCAGAGUUGAAAGCCAAGCGUGAGGCGGAAGAGAAGAAUCGGGCAUUGAAUGUUUUAUCAAAUAAUGAUGUCCGCUACAGAAAGUACACCAUAGAAGAGAUAGAGGCGGCUACUGAUAAAUUUUCAGGGUCAUUAAAAAUCGGUGAAGGUGGAUAUGGGCCUGUUUAUAAAGGCAAACUUGAUCACACUCCAGUUGCCAUCAAAGUUCUUAGACCUGACGCCAAACAAGGGAGGAAGCAGUUCCAACAAGAGGUUGAGAUCCUCAGCUGCAUUAGACAUCCAAACAUGGUCCUCCUCUUAGGUGCCUGUCCUGAGUAUGGAUGCUUGGUAUAUGAAUUCAUGAACUAUGGAAGUUUAGAAGACCGGCUAUUUCGGAAAGGAAACAGCCCUCCAAUUCCAUGGAGAAAUAGAUUCAAAAUAGCAGCUGAUAUUGCAACCGGACUUCUAUUCCUCCACCAGACAAAGCCUGAACCUCUAGUGCACCGUGAUCUCAAGCCAGCCAACAUCCUCCUAGACAGAAAUUUUGUGUGCAAAAUAAGUGAUGUUGGUCUUGCUCGCCUGGUCCCACCUUCUGUAGCCAACAGUGUUACACAAUAUCACAUGACCUCAGCAGCAGGGACAUUCUGUUAUAUAGAUCCUGAGUAUCAGCAGACGGGCGAGUUAGGGACUAAAUCAGAUAUAUACUCACUUGGGGUAUUGUUACUCCAAAUUAUCACCGCGAGGCCACCAAUGGGUCUCACACACCAUAUUGAUAGGGCCAUCCAGAAAGGAACGUUUGCAGAGUUGCUUGAUCCAACGGUGCCUGAUUGGCCUGUUGAAGAGGCUAUGCAAUUUGCAAAAUUGGCACUAAAGUGUUGUGAGCUAAGGAAGAAGGACAGACCGGAACUUGGUUUAACCAUAAUGCCGGAGCUCGCUCGACUAAGAGAUCUCAGAACUAAUGGAGGCCAGGUUGGUGAUCUUCCUGUUACAGGCACAUCAGAAUAGAUGUGAUUUAACAAUUUUCUUUUUUUCUUUUGAAUUUAUUUCUAAAUUAUAGAGUGCUUGGACAUAAGUCAUGUAACUUGUUUUUUAAUCAAAACUUUAUAUGGCAGAGUCUGCUUGGAUAUC